GACGGAAACAGCCGUGGAUCUCCGAGCUCGCUUGCUCAUUCGCUCGCCGCUCUAAAGCAGCCGUCGUGCCGACAGUUACAUGUUGGAUUUUGUGCCGUGCGUAUAGUUUCGUCGUCCCGGCUGGCUAGCUGUCUUCGCUCGGCGAGACGAGUAAAGCUCCGGGAUGGAGAACCAGCAGGUAUGGGUACGGGACGCCCAGGAGGGCUUCAUUAUCGGAAAAUUCACAGACAUGGUGGACGGAGACGCUCUAAUCGUACCACUCAAUCCGAAAUAUCCACAACGCACCUGUCCGCUGGACGAAGUGUAUCCCGCUGGCGAAUACACCAAAGAUGUCGAGGAUAAUUGCGCCCUGAUGUACCUGAACGAGGCCACGCUGCUGAACAAUAUACGCACUCGUUACUUCAAGGAUAGAAUAUACACUUACGUCGCCAACAUUCUCAUAGCCGUGAAUCCAUAUUAUGAGGUGAAAGAUCUCUACUCGCCGCAGACCAUUAAGGCUUAUCAGGGAAAAUCUUUAGGCGAAACGCCGCCGCAUGUUUUCGCCAUCGGCGACAAAGCGUUCCGCGACAUGAAAGUGCUGAAACAAUCCCAGAGCAUUAUCGUAUCCGGCGAAUCGGGAGCCGGGAAGACCGAGUCGACCAAGUAUCUUCUGCGAUACCUCUGCGAUCUUUGGGGCUCAAAGGCUGGACCGAUCGAACAGAAGAUCCUCGACGCAAAUCCGGUGUUGGAAGCGUUCGGCAAUGCAAAGACGAAGCGCAACAACAAUAGCUCACGCUUCGGGAAAUUUAUGGAGGUGCACUUCGACUCCAAGUGCCAGGUGGUCGGCGGCUACAUCUCUCACUACUUGCUGGAGAAGUCUCGUGUAUGCCUGCAGAGUCCAGAUGAGCGAAACUAUCACGUAUUCUAUAUGAUGUGUGCCGGUGCGCCGGCCGAUUUACGCGCAAAAUUGGGCAUCACUAAGCCCGACGACUUCCAUUAUUUGAGGAACGGCUGCACCCAAUACUUCUGUGACGCGAGCUCGGAGAAGCGGCUGAAUGAGGCGCAAAAGAGCCGCGAGCAGCUGCAGAAGGGCAGUCUUCGCGACCCUAUUUUGGACGACGUCGAGGGAUUCAACGCUAUCGAUCAGGCGUUCACUCGACUCGGCCUAGCGGACGCGGAACGCAUGGAGAUCUACACGAUGGUGGCGGCGGUGCUUCACCUCGGCAACAUCACAUUCGAGGACAAUCCGGAGGAUACCAAGGGCGGUUGCAGGAUAAACGGUGGCUCGGAAAGGGCGGUGGUGAUAUCCGCGAAAUUACUGGGAGUGGAUCCCGAAGAGUUACGGCAGGCUUUAGUCUCAAAAGUGAUGCAGACUAGCCGGGGUGGCAUCAAAGGAACCGUCAUUAUGGUACCCCUGAAAGUUUACGAGGCUAAUAACGCGAGGGACGCUCUAGCCAAGGCCAUUUAUAGCAAACUGUUCGAUCACAUUGUCGCACGAAUUAACAAAAGCAUACCGUUCAAGGCUUCGAGUUACUACAUCGGCGUGUUGGAUAUCGCCGGAUUCGAAUAUUUCAAAGUCAACAGUUUCGAACAGUUUUGCAUAAAUUAUUGCAACGAAAAGCUCCAACAGUUCUUCAACGAGCGAAUUCUGAAGUACGAGCAGGAACUUUAUGCUCGAGAAUCCUUGAACGUCCCUAAAAUCUCCUACGUUGAUAAUCAGGACUGCAUUGAUUUGAUCGAGUCAAAGAAUACGGGUAUCUUCAGCCUGUUGGACGAGGAAUCGAAACUGCCGACUCACAGCUUCGCGCAUUUCACCAACGAGGUUCACCGCGCCUGGAGUGGUCACUUCCGCAUCACAUUACCGCGAACGUCACGAUUGAAGGCUCAUCGAGAAUUACGAGACGACGAGGGCUUCGUGAUUCGCCAUUACGCCGGCGGUGUCUGCUAUCAAACGAAUCAAUUCAUCGAGAAGAACAACGAUGCGCUGCACGCUUCCCUGGAGGCGCUUAUUCAAGAGAGCGGCAGUAAAUUCCUCAGGACGCAGUUCGCCAAUCAUUCUUUACAGAAGGGGAAGCUCACCUUUAUCAGCGUCGGCAGUAAAUUUAAAACACAGCUCGGUGAACUCAUGGACAAGUUGAAGAGUAAUGGAACAAACUUCAUACGAUGCAUCAAGCCGAACAGCGAGAUGGUGGCACAUCAGUUCGACGGAAACAGUAUUAUGAACCAGCUGCGCUGCUCGGGGAUGACGUCGGUACUGGAGUUGAUGGAGCACGGCUAUCCCAGCCGGGUGCCGUUCCAUGAGCUCUACAACAUGUACAAGUCUUACUUGCCGCCGGAACUCGCUAAACUCGACCCGCGUUUCUUCUGCGAGGCGCUGUUGCACAGUUUGAAGCUGAAUCAGAAGGAUUUCAAGUUCGGGAUCACUCGGGUCUUCUUCAAACCAGGCAAGUUUGCGGAAUUCGAUCGGAUUAUGAGAUCGGAUCCGGAGAAUUUGCGCAGACUGGUCGCCAAUGUGAAGAAGUGGCUGUUGCGCUCGCGCUGGAAUAAAGUUCAGUUCUGCGCGUUAUCAGUGAUCAAGCUGAAGAAUAAGAUCGUCUAUCGGCGGCAGCAUUUAAUCGUGCUGCAGAAGACGGCGCGGAUGUACAUCGCGCGGAAGCAGCACCGACCGCGGAUACGCGGUAUCGUAAAGAUUAAGAAUCUGCGAAAGCAGCUGACGCGGAUGGAGGAGACCGCGGGGCAGCUGAAGAAUCGCGAGCGAUCGACGCAAGAUAUGAAGAGGCUCGACGACGAUCUGGAGGCGGCCAUACGCAAAAUCAGGGACAACCCAAGGAUCGCGCCGGCGGAGAUUGACGGUCUCUACACGUCUUUGGUGAAUCAGAUGAACAAGCAAAUGGCUACGCUCCAGGAUAUGGUGAAGCAGCAGAAAGUCGCUGAGGAACAGGCGAGACUGAAAAAGAUCCAGCAGGAGCUCGAGCUGGAGAAAAAUCGAAAAGAGGAGGAAGAGCGCAGGAAGAGGGAAGAAGAGGAAAACAGAAGAAAGAAGUUCGAAAUGGAGGCCAGAAGAAAGAUAGAGGAAGAGCAAAGACGGAAGCAAGAAGAAGAGGAUCAAAAAACCGCGGUUGCUCUUCAGGCGGAAUUGGCAAAGGAAGCCAUGGAAGAGACUCGGUUUCGAGAGUUGCUCGAGCAAGAAAGAAGAGAUCACGAAUUGGCUGUCAGACUUGCACAAGAAUCCAACGGACAGGUGGAGGAGGAUUCACCGCCGCCUGUACGAAGCGGCUCCGACGUACGAGUGCCAACAAACAACAACAGGCUUAUGAGAUCGGAGCAGGUGCGCAACCAGCAAGCGGCUAUGAGCAACAAAAAAUAUGAUUUGUCCAAGUGGAAGUAUUCGGAACUGCGAGAUGCAAUCAAUACAUCCUGCGACAUCGAAUUACUGGAGGCUUGCCGUCACGAGUUUCACCGUAGACUGAAAGUUUAUCACGCCUGGAAGGCGAGAAAUCGCAGGAGGACCACCAUGGACGAAAACGAGAGAGCGCCAAAAUCCAUCAUGGAAGAAGCCGCGAAAACAACGAGGACACCAAUGAAACAGCAGAUAGUCGAAUCGUCGCAGAGAUACUUCCGCAUCCCCUUUGUACGUUCCUCCGCAGCCGGGCAGCAGGACAAUACGCACGGCGGCAAGAGGGGAUGGUGGUACGCGCAUUUCGACGGACAGUAUGUGGCACGGCAGAUGGAACUUCAUCCCGAUAAACCACCCAUACUUCUCGUAGCAGGUAUCGAUGAUAUGCAAAUGUGCGAAUUAAGCCUGGACGAGACCGGAUUAACGAGGAAACGAGGUGCCGAGGUCCUGGAACACGAAUUCAAUCGCGAAUGGGAGAAGUACGGUGGUAAACCGUAUGUACCACCGUGCGAUCGCAAGAAAUAAGGAAUUUGCUAAGGAGAAUUUGUCAGGAGAAGGAUUGUUCUUCUCCCUGUCUUGUCGUGAAAAACGCGUAAAAAUUUGACGAUAUUUACAUAUUUUACAUAGUAUUUUAUCCGCGAUGCGUGUACACUCGAGAAUGCAUCGCCGAUUCUGUGCCUUGCAAAUGUGUGCCUUGUUUACUGCACAACACGGCCGAUAAAUUUUUCAUUGAUAUAAGGAUAUAUCGAAUCUUUGUCAGAGAAAAAGAAUCCUAUUUUCCUAGAAUCUGGCAUCUUUUGCCAUUUUUAGCCGUUAUCAAUUAAUCGUAUUUCGCAACACGUUUAAUACAAUUACGAUGAUAAAACAAGGAUUAUUGCGCUAGAAAACAAUAUGUGCGACUGGCGAUAUAUAAUGAAUUACUUUUCGAUAUAUAAUAAAUUAUACUUUCUUGCAAUGAAAUGUUUACAUCUCCAAACAUUUAUAAGCAAGUUCGAAUAGAGAUUGCAAGAAGAUAUAGUUGAGGUUCCUUGCGUUAAGCUUAUACAACGUCGAUAUGCACUUCCGAACUAGAAAUAAUCUUAUAUUUAUAAGAACCGUGUCUACACAUAAACAAACAAACAGAUAAACACACACACACACACACACACACACACACACACACACACACACACACAUUAAUUUAGUAGUUAUGAUAUUUACUAGAAAAAUCAUUCCGAAUAAUAAUUAAUAAAAAAAACGCUGGAAAAAUGACUGAAACGAUGUGUAUUGUAAUAAUGCCGAAUGAUUGUCCGAGGAAACAUAACGAUAUACAUUAGUCGCAUUGAAUUUGGUAAACAUUUUUGUGGUGAAUACAUAAAACUAUAUAAAAUGAUAGUGAUCUCACUCUUUCAUCCAGGUUUUAUGUGAUUGCUGCAUAUAUUAAUAAUUAUAUAUUAAAAAUAUAUUACAUUUGAUAGAUACAUGUAUAUUAAUAAAAUUUUCAGCAACAAAA